UACGCAUGUAUUAAUUUAUUACCGAUACAAUAUUAUUAAUGAGUUACUGUAAAUUUGAGCGUCGUUUCUUUGAUUGGAAGAAGAACGAACCAAUCGCUUGUUACGGUUUGACGGGUGUCUGACGUCAUCGACGUCGUUCGUCGUUGCCCCGCCUCCAUCACAAGAUGAAAAGUUCACAGAACGGUAUCAUCACAACAUAAACUUCAGGUUUUACUGUGAACACUGCGUCGCGUUGACCAUGCUCCGGAGCGUCGCUGCGCUCCUGCGUCAGCCCGCUGCGGCCACGCGAUGCGCGUCUUCGGGCUCGACGAGCGUCACGGUUCCGCUGAACUUCUGGGGUGGCGAAAGACGGACGAGCAACGGGAACCGUGAAAAGCACAACGUUUACGAACCCGCUACAGGCCGCGUUUUGUGCCAUUUGGAGCCAUGUGGUGGUGUGGAUGUGGACCAGGCUGUGAAGUCUGCCAAGUCAGCGUUCGCACGAUGGAGCAAAACGUCAGGGAUGGAGAGGGCAAGGGUCAUGAUCGAAGCGGCCCGUAUCAUCGAGAGCAAGAGAGAGGAGAUAGCUCAAAUGGAGGUGGUCAACAAUGGGAAGAGCAUCACAGAAGCUCGCCUGGACGUGGACUCAGCCAGACUGUGUAUAGAGUACUAUGCGGGCAUGGCGAGCACGCUGGCAGGCCAGCACGUCCAGUUGCCAGGAGGUUCCUUUGCCUACACCCGCAGGGAGCCCUUAGGCGUCUGUGUGGGUAUCGGUGCCUGGAAUUAUCCCUUCCAAAUAGCUGCUUGGAAAUCUGCUCCAGCCUUGGCCUGUGGCAACUCCAUGGUGUUCAAGCCAUCGCCAGUGACACCUGUGACGGCGGUUUUACUGGCAGAGAUCUAUGCUCAGGCUGGAGCUCCACGGGGCUUGUUCAAUGUGGUGCAGGGCGGCCAGGAGACGGGCAGCUUGCUCUGCCACCACCAAGAUGUGGCCAAGGUGUCGUUCACUGGCAGUGUUCCCACGGGCAAGAAGAUAAUGGAGAUGGCUUCUAAGGGGGUGAAACCUGUGACUCUAGAGCUUGGGGGGAAAUCCCCUCUGCUCAUCUUUCAGGACAGUGAUCUGGAGAAUGCUUUGAGGGGAGCUCUCAUGGCCAAUUUCCUGUCUCAAGGCCAGGUGUGCAGCAACGGAACAAGGGUCUUUGUUCAGAAAGACAUUCUGCCUGAGUUUUUGGAGGAGGUGGUGAAGAGGACUCGGAGCAUAGAAAUAGGAGACCCGCUAUUAGAAAGCACCCGAAUGGGAGCACUGGUCAACCGCCCACAUCUAGACAAAGUCCUGUCCUGUGUAGAUCAGGCAAAGAAAGAGGGAGCUACAGUUCUGUGUGGGGGUGAACCUUUUGUUCCAUCAGAUCCCAAACUCAGAGGUGGAUACUACAUGACUCCAUGUGUCCUGGGUGAGUGUACAGAUGAGAUGACCUGUGUGAAGGAGGAGAUUUUUGGUCCCGUCAUGUCUGUAUUGUCAUUUGAAACAGAAGAGGAAGUGUUGCACAGAGCUAAUGACACAACAAUGGGUCUGGCUGCUGGGGUUUUUACCAGGGAUGUGAGACGAGCCCAUCGCGUGGCUGAACGCCUCAAGGCUGGUUUCUGUUUCAUCAACAACUAUAAUAUCACUCCUGUGGAGGUGCCUUUUGGAGGCUUCAAAAUGUCAGGUAUUGGGCGGGAGAACGGCCAGGUGACCAUUGAAUACUACUCCCAGCUGAAGACUGUGUUUGUGGAGAUGGGGCAAGUCGACAGCCUCUUCUAAGGGAAAAUAAAGUUGUAAUGCAGAUCAAAGACUGAAGUGGAUGCUCUGGAGCUGAACAAAACUCUCCUCACACAGGAGAAGCCUUCAGGAAAUAAGUUUUGCUUUCUCAACAUAAGCCAUGUGAAGUAUUUUGUAAACAAAGGGGAAUUUUGUUAAUUAGUUUAGUUAAUAAUGAAAAUUAACCAAAAAGAAUAUUUUUUUAAGGAUUUGUACAUUUACUAUUUUCACCUGUACCAUCACUAAUGAUUUGCAUGCACAGAGAAAUAGAACUGUAUUGACAACAUUUAGUAGUUGGUGACCUAUAAUUACAAACUGUCCAACACGCCACAAACACUGUUAAUAUAAAUACACAUAAAUACAUAAACUGUUAAUAUAAAUAUAGAAACACUGUACCCACAACAAAGUGUGUCUGAACUGUUAACAGAUUCUCGCAGA